AGAAGCUUCAAUUUGGCACCAUUUUAUAAGCUUCACACCGACACUGCUCAACGACUUAAUGCACUUUCUGUGCCGAGUGGAACGAUAAACUCUCGCUGUUUAAAGGAAGAGGACACUGGUCGGAAAGAAGAGGACACUGGUCGUCCCAGUGAUGAAGUGGUAGACGAUAUUAGAAGGACAGUGGGUCAGGCUCAACUAAUCAUGACACAGAAAUCGAAACAAUAUCUUCAAUUAGUGCAACAAGCUGAGGCUAGUAUUGACAGUACUGAUGGUCGUGGAUCUGGUAGAGUUCAGUUACGUAAAACCGAACCUCCUCCCACUAAACCAAGAUCAGGAACAACCAACACUUCUACUGACUUCGGAGUUAAGCUGAAGUCUCGUACACAGUCGGACGUCACUUCUGCCCCUCCCACCGAUACAAAAUCAAAGUCAUUAGCCACACCCACUAAUAGAACUGGAGGGGGCGGAGCUCCAAAGACGUUGGCCGACUUUCAAAAAUUGACAAGUCGUGGAAAACAAUCACCAGCUGGUCAACCAACCCAAUCAAAUGCACCAAAAGAUAAACGUGCAUUAAUUAGAAUGUACGUAAAUGCUUCUCUAGAGGUACGUCCUCCUGUUUCAUCUGAUCAGGAACUUUACCAACUUUGUACCAAACCAUCUAAUCUUUGUAAAUUAAUAAACAAAUCAGUGAGACAUACAGUAGACCUGAGGGCACUAACAAAGACCCCACCCCCUACUGCCAGCACUGCAGAAAAGACUGAAGCCAUAGAAGAGAACAUGCUACUAGUAGUUGAAUCAGCUCGGGCUAUUGGUUGCUCUGUUACUGAUAAUAUGGUGGAGGAACUAACAAGAGGAGACAAAGCAACAAUUGACAAACUAAUAAUAGAAUUAAUUAAAUCUCGUGUAGUCCAUAUGCCUGGUAUGGAGGAUGAGCCUUCAAGUACUUUUAAUGAUUUGAGUACUUUAAUGUCUAAACUAGGACUGGCCUAUACUGAUAGUGAGGAGACUAAUGGAGGAACUGGAACUGACUCAAGUAAUGGAGGAGGAGGAGGAGGUGUGUCAAGAUCAUGGAGAGAUGAAGCAGUUAAUGUUAGCAGGCCUAAAGAUGGAGGACUGAUGGUAAGGACUGAUGAUGAACAUACACCUCAUUCAGCUACUGGAUCAUGGAGGGAGGACAAGAAAACACCAGAAAUAGAUCUCAGUAAGCCUAGUCUUGAUGCUAAUCUGUCAUAUGAGGAGAGGGCAGCCAUUAGAAGAGCUGAGAGGGAGAGGAGAAAGAAAGAAAGAGAAGGACUGGCUGUCCCUAAAUAAUGAA